AGUUUUGCCUUCUGGGGGUUGACGCCCCAUUGUUUGAGUCUUCAGUUAUUGGUUCUCAAUAAUAUAAUAUUGCCCUCUAAACCUUACCAUCACGACUCAUGGGAUACCACACCGCAAAAAUUCCUCAACAUCGAGCUGGUGUUUGAGGUUAUUGCUCCGCGCCUCAAUGGCCCCCUCGAUUACGAACGCUGUGCGAGUUUACACAACUACCUAGUCACAGACUCCGAACUCGUUGAGCUAGCUAGUCAACCAUUGGUUCUCGCAGAUGAAUAUACACAGGCUGUGCCCGAACGAGUCCGUCCAUCAAUUCGAUAUUCUCGCAAAGGCUUCUUUUACUGGGUGAAGACUAUUUCAAUGGGCUUAUUAGGCUCGCAUUGUGUCAGUGUCGUCUAUGACCAACAGCUGCACCGCGCUGCUUUCCCAAUGACCCUUUAA